AGUGACGUGUAUUGUGAGUUUGGAAAAAUUUUAUAGAACUGUGAAAUUCUAAAUUGAAUUUCACGUCAAUGGCUUUUUAAAGCCAAUGAUAAAAUCAAUUCAUAUUAACGCUUGUUGAAUGUAAUAAUUGUUUGAUUAAUUAAACUUUUACAACAUAAUUCCUUUUACAUAUUGUGUUGGCUGAAACACGAGUUGGGGGAAAAAGAAUUACAGGCGAACGUCACUUAAUCAAAAAAAGCGAACAAGAACUUAAAAGCAUAGGGUGCAAGGAGGUUCACGGGUUGCGCUCCGUUUGCAGUGGUGGUUGUGCGGCAGUAUAAGAAAAGUGUCAGGCGAGACUAAGGAAAAUGAGGAAAUAGAAACGUGAGCAUAAAUUACAGAUCGAAGGGCCGAAGGGGUUAAAUUUUUGUGAAUACGCGUUGUUUAAGUGCAAACGCGACGACUGGCCGACGUUGGAUAUCUGGUGCACUUUUACUUGAAUUUUUGGUUUAUCUUUAUAUUUUAGUUUAUCUACGCAUAUUUUCAAAAAAAAGUUAUAGUGUCUGGCACAAAGAAGUUGGCUUAAUCAAGUGACGGCAAUAAACGAAAUACAAUUAUAAACAACACCUGUGCCAGUUACUGGUAGCAGACGUUAAAAAAACUACAGCAAUGAUGGAUGAGGACACAAGUACUUCGUCUGGAGGCGGUGUGAAGCUAUUCUUCGUACGCCUAUCACAAAUGUACCAAUCGACGCUGGAUCGCUGGACACCACAUACUAGAAUGCGAUGGGCGGGUGCAAUUGUGAUUUUAUUGCUCUUCCUGCUACGUAUUUUCAUCUACCAAGGCUGGUAUAUAGUGUGCUAUGCGCUGGGAAUAUAUCAUUUAAAUUUGUUUAUUGCAUUUCUAACACCAAAAAUCGACCCGGAAUUCGAUCCGUACGAAAAUGAUGAAGAUGGUCCCAAUUUGCCAACACGUAGUAACGAAGAGUUCCGGCCGUUCAUACGACGUCUACCGGAAUUCAAAUUUUGGCUGUCGAUCACGAAAAGUACAAUCAUCGGUCUGAUAUGUACAUUCUUUGACUUCUUCAAUGUGCCUGUUUUCUGGCCUAUACUCGUCAUGUACUUCAUUACACUCUUCUGCAUAACAAUGAAGCGGCAAAUUAAGCAUAUGAUUAAGUACAAGUAUCUGCCAUUUACACGGAACAAGCCGCGCUAUCAACGUGUUGGUGAGUCACAGGCAACGACAAAGUGACAAUUAGCCGCACAGACACUGCAAAAAACAAACGACAACCAAUCGACAACGGGUAUUACGUCGAUACACGAGCAAAGAACAACAACAACAACUACAGCAACAGUAGCAGCAGCAACAGCAGCAAAUACAACGAUUGCCACCACGGCAACAACAGCAACAUCGUUACCAGCUGCACCAUUGGCAGCUGCGACUACGUUAGCAACAACAAACAUAGCAAAACCACCGCAAAUUAUAACUAUUGAGUAAAUUCAACUAAAGUACACAAUAACAUAAACUACAACUAUAAACAUGAACACUAACAAAAACAAACUAUCAACAAAACAAAAGGAAAACUAAACAUUUACAGAAACAUUUCAAAAAUCAUGCAAAGUCAGCUAGCAGCUAUCAGUAUUUUAUUUAAUUUCAACACUUGAAAAUACAAUUUUCGCCGCCGCCAUAAUUCUACACACACACACACACACACACAGUUUUAAUAUGAACUGGAAUUUUGCAAUUUCUUCAAAUUCUUACUAAUUUGCGCGUGCCAAGUGCAUUAUCUAACAUUUCAUUUGCUUGACAUUUUGUUGUUAGCGUUUGCUUAAGUUUAUAAAAAAAAUACUUGUUGUUCUUAGCGGCAUAAACGUUGUAAAAUCCAACUAAUUUCUCUAACCGGCUAUGAUUUCACGCCUAUUCAGUUAGUUGGCUGGGUUCUACAACGUUAAUGCUUAUUGUCGUGCAGUGUCCUGUGCAAAAAAAAAAAUAUAACUUUUAGUGGCAUUUGUCCAUCUUUGUCUUAUAACUAAGAUUAUCUUUGCUUCAAUAUUUAAAACUUAAAAAACUUUUUAUUUGUAUGCAAUGUUAAUAAUUAUUAUUACUAUUAUUAUUAUUUUUUUUAGUUUAAUUUGAGCGUGUCAGUGGCCGUGUCACAUAAAUCAAUCAUACAAAGCACAUUGUAUCUGUAACGUUUGUAUGUAAAUAGCGUGCAAUAAAGCAUACAAAAAAUUGUCAAACGGCGUGACGUUGUAGUGGCAACAGCCAUCAUUUCAUACCCACAUAUGUAUGUAUAUGAUACCGAGGUGCACUAUAAAACUACUUUGGCUUAAAGCGCUUGAAUUGAAUUUUGGUUUAAAGUAAUAUAUAUUUAUAUAUUAAUCAUUAUUAUUAAUUAUGCUUAGUAAUUUUAUGUGUACACCUGUAUUGAACUUGUUCCGAACCUAAAUAUACACAUUCUAACGAAGUGUGCAACACCUUCUAGACAAUUAAGUACAUUAAUGGAUGCUAUUAAUUUAGUUUACCCACAAAUGCUGUUUCCUAAUGGUAGCAGCUAAUUAGAAAAUCAACAAAAUUUUAAAUAAUUUUCAAAACUCGCAUUUGCACGUUAAUUUUGUCCUUCAGUUUUGUAGACAAAAAAAGCUUUUCUCAACUUCAAUUUGUAGUAAUGUUGUAAUUGCGUAAAAUAUAAUUUGUUUGUUAACAAUACAACACUAAUUAGCAGUUAUAUGCGUUAGAUAACAUUUGUAUAUAGCGCCUUUUCCACACAGCAAAUCUUCAUUUCCAUUUUGAAAUAUUUUUGAAAAGUUCACAAAUAUGUAGGUUAUGCGUCAAUGUUGACGAAUUGCUGAUUGUAAAACACAUAAGGAAUGAAAUACAUACCUACAUACAUCUAUACUAAGCGCAUGUGUGAGUUGCCAAGUUGAAACUGGGUACAGUGUACGAUUGUAAUAAAUAACAAUACCAAAUCAUUUGAAUAAAAUACAAAUACAAAUAAAAUAACUUAA